CACAAGUAGCACAUUGCAGACACUGCAUCAGAAGAGACAAGACAUAAAACACAACUAGCUGGAAGGAGCAGAGGCAGUGAAUCCACAGCAGCAGCACUUUAGGCUUCUAAUAAUAUUACCCGACUUCACUGUGCUGGAGCCACACACAACGAGUGUGUAUGUAGAGAACAGUAUUGUGUGAGAAAGGCUAAACUGGAGCAGUGGUUAAUGAGUGCAGUUGAGAAGGAUGAGUCUUGACCCUUUGCAGGUCAUGAAGGGCCAGGACCCCAUGUCCCUCAGUCCCUCGUCCGGCUCAAAUGGUGACAGCAAAGCCUCCUGGGAUGAAAAUGAAGGCUACUGUGAUAGUGUGGAUUCUACCAAAAAGCCCAAAACUGGACCAGUGAGACGAGCCAGGAAGGUGGAGGGAGGCAUUUUCUUUCCAAAACCAGAGAACGCAGUAACGAUAGCUGUGUCCUCUCGGGUGCUGUUCCGCACAGAGAAAGAGCAGAAGGUGUAUGAAGAGAAAGGAGUGGAGGAAUACCUCAAGUACCAGGUGGAACAUGAGAAUGAGCCUUUAGCCCCUGGACCAGCAUUUCCAUUUGUUAAGGCCCUGGAGGCAGUUAAUGCACAACUGCGAGAGCUGUACCCUGACAGUGAGGAGCUUUUUGACAUUGUACUGGUGACCUACAAUCAUGCCCAUGUAGGAAUACGACUAAUUAACACCAUCAACCAUCACAAUCUGUUCAUCGAGCGCUUCUGCAUGACAGGAGGCAGUAAUCCGAUUGGCUACCUGAAAGCAUGGCACACAAACCUGUACCUGUCAGCCGACCCGAAAAAGGUGCAGGAGGCACUGGCUGAAGGCAUUGCAGCGGCCACCAUGUUUAUGCCAGAGAAGCAGAUAGAUGUAUCGGAGACACAGCUGAGAGUGGCAUUUGAUGGCGAUGCUGUUCUCUUCUCUGAUGAGUCGGAACGAAUAUUCAAAGCUCAUGGCCUGGACAAGUUCUUUGAGCAUGAGAAGGAAAAUGAGAACAGGCUACUCGAUCAUGGUCCACUGAAAGGGUUCCUUGAAGCCCUCGGAAAGCUCCAGAAAAAGUUCUAUGCUAAAGGCCACAGGUUAGACUGCCCCAUUCGCACCUAUCUGGUGACUGCUCGCAGUGCUGCCAGCUCAGGCAUCCGUGCUUUAAAAACUCUUCGUGCCUGGGGACUGGAAACAGAUGAAGCCCUGUUUUUAGCUGGAGCUCCCAAAGGCCCCAUGCUGGAGAAAAUACGACCCCACAUCUACUUUGAUGAUCAGAUGUUCCAUAUCGAAGGUGCUGCAGAGAUGGGCACGUUCGCUGCACAUGUACCGUACGGAAUAGCACAGAAGUACCCUCACAAAAAGAGCACCAACUCUGACAAAUAAGAAUGGGAAUUGACAUUUGAUAUGGUUCCUGCAUGACUCUGUCUAGUGACUCAGCAGCAAGAUAUUAACUUUUUUUUACCCCAACAUUAUUUUAUAUAAAAUACAGAGCUGAGUGGUUGACUUAUGUGACCGUUCACACAAAAAGACUAGUAAUUGAAUUUGUCACUCGGUCAUAUUUGUUUUUCUUCACUGAUUUGUAAAUAACUCAGGUGGAUGUGUAUUCAUUUACUGAAAUGAAAAAUCUCUGUCAUCAAGUGUGGUGCCCUUUUAUUUUUGGGGAUUUUGUUAUAAUGGUAAUUGAGAUAUACUGUAUGCUAUGUUCAUAGUUUUCUAUCAUGGUAAGCUAUGGUAGUAAAAAAAAAUCAAUACAGAAUGUUGUUAUAUAAAACUUAAGUCAUUCUAUAUAUUAUAUAUUGUACAGUAUAUUUUAUAUAGAUUUCAUACCACAUAUUUUAUAACAGUAGUUCUGGCUACAAGAGAAAUCAGGUUCAUGCACUGAUUCUUAGAUAAUAUUGUUUCUUUAGAAACAGCUUUUGGACAGACUUGUAUGGAGGAUUCUCUACAUACACAGAUUUUAAAAAUAUGUUUGAAGAUUUAUAUGAUAUCAGUGAAGAGACACUGAUAAAUCUUUAAAAUGGAGGACAGUUUCUCGGUAACACCUGGUGCAUUCUUUGUCUUAUUAACUUAAAGGAAAUAACUUCCUUUCCACAACACUAAAUUAAUAACUAUAAAUUGAUAAUUAUACAAUGUGUCAUUUAUCAACAAAUAAAAUACUUUAGUCUUGAAGUCAGGCGGCAUAUUCUGAAAUGAUUUAUUCUUCAGGGCAGUACGUUGGCUUAGUGGUUAGCAAUGUUGCCUCACAGCAAGACGGUCCUGGGUCCGAAUCCCAGGUUCGAACAGGCAGGGGCCUUUCUGUGUGGAGUUUACAUGUUCUCCCUGUGCCUGCUCAGGUUUACUCCGGUUUCCUUCCACAGUCCAAAAACAUGUACAUUAGGUUGAUUGGUAAUUCUAAAUUGCCCAAAGGAGUGUGUGUUUGUAUGUCUAUAUGUGGCCCUGUGAUGGACUGGUGAACUGUCCCUGCCUUUUGCCCAAUGUGUACUGGGAUAGGCUCCAGCAGAUCCCUGUGACCCUAAUUAGGAAUAAAGUGGGUAUAGAAAAUGGAUGGAUUUAUUCUUCACACAUAAAAUAUUGUUUGCUGAAGUAAAGGAGGAAAAUGUAAAUUGGUGUACAGGGAAUCUUGUAUAUUUUAUGGGACAGAAAUGUACUAUAAAUUUAUAUGUUUGUUUAUGACAUUCUGUGACUUAAGGUGUCCUGUACAUGCAGGGCUUCUCUGUAAACACGGCUUCCGGCCUCUGGUGGAAAAUAUCAAAUAUGGAGUGAACUACUGCAUUACCAUUGCUAUAAAAAUUAAGCCAUAAUAUCUCGAAGUACUGAAUGUGGACUGAUUUUUGCCACACAGAUUGAGAGUAAUAAAUAACAGUAAAUAUCACUUUUUUUUAAUCACUUUUCACACAUUUUUAUGUCCUAGAACUACUUGUUUGGCUAGAAAAUGGAUUCAUUUCUCUAAACAACAUGAGUCAAUCAAAUCUGCUCUAGAAAAAAACAAAGAAAAAAAGGGAAAAAAAUUAUUAUGGGGUAAAUAUAGCAUCAACUAAAACAGUUUAAAGAGGAGAUGUGUCUUAAAUGUCAUAGCAGUAGGGCAGUUGGGGAAGAUGGGAAGCCAUUGUGGUCAUGUACAUUUAUACAAUGAACAUCUGCCAUGAUACAUAUUUUAAUAAACACAUUUUUCAAAUAUUUUUUUUGUCAUGCAUCUCCUCAGCAUCACUUUAGAUGGCAGCAUUUACAUUUAUAAAA